GUUCCGACUUAGAGCUGUCAACCUUUUUGCUUGUAACUAUUUUAAAUAACCAUUCCGGUAAAUUGGGAAGAUAUUUUUAAACUAACUGCAAAGUGGUGAAACUACGCUGCGGUAAAUGGUUUCAAAAUGGUAUCAUUGGGAUAGAAGUUGUUAACCGGUGCCGCAUGUCCUCCUCCUCCCGGAUGAGUAACGUCAAAAGAGUCCGCCGGCUACGUGCUAAUGAGAGGCUAGCUAAGCUUUGCUUAGCGUUAGCGUUAACUGCGCCCGUUGUCCGAGGCUAAAAAUUUGGGCUGAUUGACUGGUGGCGUUAUGGCGGCUAGGUGUUAGCAUUGCUGAACAAUUCAGUGUUUACAGCGGUCAGCACUACUGUCGGCCAACGGCAUAGGGCGAUGUUAAGCAGCUAAGCGGCUAAAGGCGAGCGGCACUAGCGUUAGCAAAACAAGAGCGGUGCUUCUGGAGUCAGCUGACAGGCUGCUGUAGGCUGCCAACAGACCAGGGAUGGAUCAGCUCAAAGUAAAGGAUCGCAUCUUAGAAAACAUCUCUAUGUCUGUCAAGAAGUUGCAGAGUUACUUUGCAGCCUGUGAAGAUGAGACUCCGGCUAUUAGGAAUCAUGACCGCGUUUUACAACGCCUUUGUGAACACCUUGACCAUGCUUUGCUUUACGGGCUGCAGGACAUUUCUUCCGGCUAUUGGGUCCUAGUCCUUCACUUCACCAGGAGAGAGGCUGUGCGCCAGAUAGAUGAGCUUCAGCAUAUAGCAACCAACCUUGGUCGAAGUCGUGCAUGGUUAUACCUGGCAUUGAGCGAGAGCUCUUUAGAGAGCUACCUCCGCCUUUUCCAGGAGAACCAAGGUCUUCUGCAGAAAUAUUAUUUCAAGAAUGCACUUGUUUGCAGCCAUGACCACCUCACACUCUUCCUCACAUUGGUGUCCGGCCUAGAGUUUAUUCGCUUUGAUCUGGAGCUGGAUGUGCCCUACCUAGACGUGGCUCCCUACAUGCCAGAAUACUACAAACCUCAGAAUCUCCUGGACUUUGAGGAAAGGCUCCCCAGUUCAGACAGUUUGUCCCUGCACUCCUUUACCUCCAUCUACUCCACCAACCUGGAGUGGGAUGACAGUGCUAUAGCCCCCUCUAGUGAAGAUUAUGAUUUCGGUGACAUCUUCCCCGUGUUGCAGUCAUUGCCAAGUGCAGACUGGGAAGAGGGGGACCUGACUGAUCAAGCCAGCUGCCCGCGAUCCAGUGGCUCUGAUCCGCAAACAGUCAUCAGUGAAGCAGUGGUCCUUACUGCUGGAACAGUCAAGGUGAAGGUAGCAACCCAUCAUUCGCCGCACAGCCCUACCUCCAGACAUAACCCCUUCAAUGAGGACUCGGACACCAACACCACCAACACUUCAGCCGAUGUCACACCAGUUCACGUGGCCAACUACCACAAUAGUACCACCAAUGGAGACGACGCAGAGACCACCAGUAAUGAGCUAGAGGUCAUCAGGGUGGCCAGAAGAAGAAAACCAGCCAAAAAACGACGUGGCAAAGGCUCCACAGAUUCCAGCAGCAGCAUUCAGAACUCACUCUCUUCUGAUCACAUGGACAUAGAAAACAGCCUUUUUGCUUGUGAGGAUCCAGAUUCCUUAAAUUGCACUGUAAUUCAGGUGGAUGGUGAAGAACUGUUGAGGAGAAGCAGGGUGGGAUCAGAGGUUGCACAGGAAAGAGAUGAAGAUGGGGUCGAAAGCCUCUUACGGCUGCCAGAGAUGACAGACACAUCCAUGGACAAUGUAGGACAACCACUGCGUGAAGUUGUGGAGAAGCUCAACAACGCUUUAGAUAGGGAGGACCCCUGGGAGCACCCGGAGGAUAGGAAAAACAGCGACAGCUAUAACCAGGCCCCUGAGCCUCCUGCACAGCAGCCCUUUCGAGAGGACUCGGGGGGCAAGCCACCUGACCCAGUCCAGAGAGACAUCCCUUGCUCCUCUGUGGACACAGAUGUCUUCCUACAGGGCUCUCCCUCGGCUACAGACUUGCACUGCUUUACCUCCAACAGUCCAGAAUCUUCUCCCACGGGUAGUGGCUGCUAUGACCCUACAGGGCUUAGCCAGUCGCAGGCUUUUACAGGUGGCCUUGAAGAUGAGGGAAAAACAAAAACGGCAGCAGGACAGGAGCACGACGUGAAGACGGGGGAAGAUGGACAAGGAGACCAAACAGAGAGGAGCACAGUUAAUGAAGAAGCACAAGAAGGAGAUGAGGAGAAGCUUAGUCCCUCAGAAAGUUCUCACCCUGCAGAGUUUAAGGUGGACAACAAUCACUUGCUUCUUCUCAUGAUUCAUGUAUUCAGAGAGAACGAGGAGCAGCUCUUUAAGAUGUUGAGGAUGAGUACAGGCCAUAUGGAGGGGGACUUGCAGCCUCUGUACCUACUACUGACUGACUGUUACAUGUACCUGCUAAGAAAGGGGGCAGCAGAAAAACCGUACACCGUAGAAGACGCCGUGUCUUACAAUGAGUUGGACUAUCUUUCAGUGGGCCUGGACCAGCAGACUGUGACAGUGGUUUGCACCAACAGACGGAGAAAAUUCCUUCUAGACACGGCUGAUGUGUCACUGACUUUAUGGUUCCUGUCUGUUCUCAAGUCAACCAUGGUGAAGGGCUGUCGUGAGCCUCCGUACCCCUGUGUUCUGACUGACGCUACCAUGGAAAAACUAGCUCUUACUAAGUUCGUUUCCCAGGAGUGUCACUGUGAGGUGUAUGAAGUGUCUAUCAAGCUUUAUUCACUGGUCCACUGGGAGGAUCCUAUGGACAUGACUUUAUCGCCCAAAGGGGCCCCACCAAACUCUGUAAUGUCCUCCAGCACCAAGGAAGGGUGUCUACAGUAUCGGGCUGGAACCACCUACCUGGGCAAAGAGCUGUGGAAAAGCUGCUACCUUGUUCUUAGCAAUGGAAUACUGUACCUGUAUUCAGAAAGAACAGACGUGACUCCUCUGAUGUCAGUUACUAUGGGAGGAGAGGACUGUGGUGGUUGCCGUCGCUCAAACAGCACAGAGCGUCCCCAUGCCUUCCAAGUCAUCCUGACAGAGCGGCCUCCACUGGAGCUCAGCGCCAACAAUGAACAAGAGAUGGCCGACUGGAUGCAGCUCCUCUGCCAGUCCGUCUCCAAAGGGAUUAUCCCUCAGGGUGUGACCCCAACCCCAUGUAUCCCAUGUUGCCUAGUGCUGACAGACAAGAAGCUGCUAACCUGCCAUCAGGACUGUCAGACGAGCUUCUUCCGUUCACUGGGCAGUGUUGAUAUUCACGAUGUGACCUCUGUCAGCCUGGAGGCCGACAAAGAGUACUGUGUUAUUGAGUUUUCAGCCGAUCGGCCCCAGUUCCUCCCUUCGUGGGUUUUGUAUUUCAGCUGCUGUGAAGAGAGAGAUCGACUGCUGGCGGCUCUAGACGCUGCUUGGAGAGAUUUUUUCCAGGUGGACCUUCCCCACAGAGACAUGGUCGAUCCAGCGGUGCAGAAGCGUUGUGGCGAGGCUCUCUCCCUGAUGAAGAGUGCCUGGCAGAGGGCAGACAGUUUGGCCCGAGGCAGAGCCCAGCGUGAGCCCUGGUGUUGAUGCACACACUCACACACACAGUUCACACUUACAGUACGGUACAUGUGUCUACGGGUGCCCAGUGACACAGUGUGUGGGUUAAACAGUGACAUACUGUAGCUCCGUGUGAGAAUAGGCAACAAGAAAUCAAUGUGGAUGCUUGUUGAAAUGACUUUCAUAUCUAAAUGAGGUUGCUGCCCCUGUGUUAAACCCACUAUAUCACGUUUAUUACUAUUUACAGUAUGUUGCGCAGCAUCAACACGCGGUCUGUUAUGUUUAUAUGUUUGUGUCAUAUUUUUUAGUUUUUUGUCGUCUUUUUCAGCUUCCAUUGAAUUAGCCUCACAUUCAUGUUGCACAUCAACUGGAGAGAGGUCUGAUCUUACAUGAAGUGCGCAUUAAUAAUUAACACUUGCACUAUUUCUACUUGCUUCACCGAUUUAAAUGUCCCAUUAAAAAUGUUCAGGAAUUGUAACAGAUUUGCCUUUUUCUCCACUCGAGAGAUGGGUGGACACUUUUAUGUAGAUUUGCACAGUUCUUUUUUUCAUUUUUUUUUUUAUUUAAUUGUCUCGGAAUGGUACUAGUUCCGGUUUUUAAUGGUAAUGUUGUUACACUCUUUUAUUUCCAUUUCAGAAGAAGUGGGAACACCUCUUCUGAAAUGGGAACACCUAAUAAAAUAUUCAGCUGGCUGAUGGCACAGUUUUCGGAGUGAUUCAGUUCAGCUUUUACCAGAUGUUACAGUUUUUACUGGUGACAUAUUAACAAGUAACAAACACUUUGUUUGUAGAAUCCAUUUUUUUUCUGGUGGUGUCAUAAUGUGCUGGAUUCAGGAACCUCUGACUGCUUUACUACCUACCAAACACUAGUUAGAAAAUAGCAUUAAGCUUAAAUAAUCUUCCAAUCUAAGCACCAGUUCUCAGACAAAUGCUUUAAAAUACUGAAUUUCAUCUGUUAUCAAGCUUUUGAAAAAAAUAUUUAAAACCCUUAUUUAAUUAGUAUUUCAUACAAAUUAAGGUCAGGAGAUGAUAAUGCAUGUGGUACGGUCUUUAACACUGGUUAGACUGACCCAGCAGCGGUGGCUGAGGCAUCUCUUGCGACUUUGUUGCCUUUAUAUCUUUUUGACGUGACUUAAUGAGACAAAAUGGCCAAUUUAUUUAAACUCAGACCUAGUUUUGUAAAUGCCUUACACUGUGCACAGUGAUUGUGUUUAAGCAAUCAUCAUCAUCAUCGUAGCUGCUUUUGGACAAGUCAAAAACAUGCUGUGCUGGUAUCAAACCUUAAUCUUCUGACUGCAACAUAAUGCUGUUCCUAGUUCCAAGUUGUUUAAUUUAGAAUACUAUGAUACUGAAGAAGCCCUAUACACGUUUGUCCAGUGUCUAUAUCAGUCUCAGUCACACUGUGUUACUCGUAAGUCAGCAUUAAUCAGUGCUUUAAGCUUUCAGAAGUGCCACUUAGUCUCACUCGUGUUCUGCUCUUAACAAAGAAAUUUGAUCUCAGGUCAAAAAGGGUAUUUCACAUGCAAAACCUUAAGUCACAGACAUGUUUUGACGUUUUUGCUGCUAUUGGAUAUAUUUGAAAUCUCUUGCCUGGGGUGAAAGGGUGUGUGCGGGAGGUCCUGCCACGUUCUAUGCAGCAUAUUAAGGUAUUAUGAAGCUGUUUUCAGAAUUUGUUAACUGCUACUGAUGCCACUUGUCAAGGUUUUUACGUUUUUGUUAUGAAGGAUUGGUCGUCUGUAUAUUUCAAAAUCCUCUCCCCCACUGGAAUACGUAAAGGCUGGUAGAGCACAGAGGGAACUGUAAGAGUACAGAGGAAAGUCGGUUGGUUAGCAGUGUAAUGAAUGGGAGACACUGCUGGCUAGUGAUGAAUGACUUUUUCAUGCAUCGUGAAAAGGCACUGUUUAAUUUUGUUCUUUAAUGCAUGCUGCAUGCAAUAUUUGUAUUAUGUUCAGCUAUUUUAUGGCAUUGUAAAUACCGUAAUAAUUGCAUAUAACAUAAUUAAGAUUCACACUCAAAGAUGCAUGUCCAUAAAACUUUAUACUGUUCAUAAUGCUAAUGAAUGUACAAAUAAACUCUUGACUGGACAACAGA